UUUAAAGAGUGUGCACAAACAGAGCUGAAAGGUUUUCAUCCCUGUGCUUUAGGGCAACAAUGGCGUUAAGACUGGGAAUGCUAAAAUGUACUGCUGAAGCAAACAAUGGGUGUAGGUUAGGAAUCAGGAAGUGGACCCAUGUUGUAGCCAUGGCUCCGCCGUUGGAUGGAGCCUUAGAAAGCUCGAUUGCCUCUCCACAAUUCACCCUGCCCGAGUUCGAUGCAAACCAGGACACAAGCAACAGCAGUAGCGAUUUCGGGUUCACGUUUCCGGGUUUUUCGUUUGGUGGGUCCAUGGAACUCAUGGCUGUUCCUAAAAGGAAGGUUACUCCCCAUAAGAGAGGUAUACGAAAUGGGCCAAAGGCAUUGAAACCAUCACCAGUGAUUAUUCGCUGCAAGAGUUGUGGUCAAGUUAAGCUACCGCACUUCUACUGUUGCAGUGGAGACAGGGGGAAGAAUGAGACGUUUCACCUCCCAAGCGAUCCACGAAAUGCUCGUGUGACGCCACUAGCUGAAAUCAGACUACAUCGCACCGAAACAGUACAUCGUAAUUCCGUUACAACCAAUCAAGUGAGAGGCUUCAAAUCAAAUGUCAAAAUCAAGGGUCUGAUUGCUCGAAACUAGACGAGUGCAUUGGUAUUAGGAGCAUCGGAUUCUUGAUUCUUUUUAGCGCAACUCACUGGAGGGAUGGUAGCAGAGUGCAUCUUUCAUAGGGCACAUUAUAAGAUGACACCACCCCUGCAAGAAGAAGGGGAGAGAGACGGACACAAGUAAGAAAUCUUCAAUGGCAAUGUGGGUUGCCGAGUCUCUGAAAAUUCCUUCUGGCUUUUGUCGUCUUGUUUAUUCAAGGAAAAACGAAGGUAAUUAUAAUCAAUUAUACUAAAAUAGUCUUCAUGAAGUCAUUUUGGCUACCUUUGAGUAAUUAGUGUAUGUGUUUGCUUCAGAGUCUAUUAUUUUGUUUUGCUGAAACUAAACAUGCAGUAUUAAUCUCUUGGAUACAGAUAGUAAUAAUAAUUAACAAAGGCAUAUAUAGUGAAGGUGAAUUUGGAAGAGAUGAGGGAAAGAUGAAGUUCGGAAAGCAGUUCAAGCAACAAAAGGUGGACUGCUGCUUAGAUGGAUUAUAAUGGUCUUAAAAAGAAUACUGGAAGAGAUCUUGCUGUACAAGCAAAGCAGGCAACCCUCAACACCUUUGAGAUCCUUACACCACAAAUUAACUUUGCACAGACCCUUCAGUGGACUAAACCUACAAUCUACCGAUCUCUCCAGUAAAGGAGAUAUUGAGGACCAAGUGAUAGAUGUUAAUGCGUUGCCCCAAGAUGGUUGUAGAAAGUUUUACACGACUCAGUUCCUGAGGGAGUCUGAAGAAGGAGGCGAACUAGAGGUUAAGUUCUUUAAGAAACUUGAUGAACAACUUAACAAGUUUAACACUUUUUACAAGGAUAAGUUGGAUGAGAUGAAGCAUCUUUGCUGAAUAAACAAAUGGAUGCCUUUAUUGCCUUGCGGAUUAAGGUGGAGAGCCCUGGUUUUCACGACUCUUGUGCGAAGAAAAGUUGUGAUACUGGUGUUGUUACCACAAACCCCUUGAAGAGCUGUAGCCCAAGCAGAGACACACCUUCAGGUAUGGGAACAUAAAAGGUGUGAUUUGUCAGUUGAGUUGCAAAGCAUCAAUAUGGCCUUUUAUAUGUUGAAUAAGAAGCAAGAAACCAUGGAGAGAUCAGAAAAAUGGACCAAGAAUGAUUUUAGCUGAAGGACUGUAGUUCAGUAUUAUAUGCAAUAUUAUUUUCAGGAUUGGAGGAUAUGGAUGUUGGAUGCGGAGUUGAGAUGAGUAACGAUUUUCAGCCAGAGAAAUCUACUUAUGAACAGAGUGGUGAUGCAUCUCUCUGAUCUUAUCGCAGUUACAAUGGGUUCCUCCAAUUAAGAAGUUCAGACUUCAAAUUUUGUUCCAAUAUGCAGGAAGGGAGCAUAUGGAAUCGACCAUUGAGAUGGAUAGAAGAAAUGAUUAUGACCAAGAAGAGUCUACUCAUUGUCCGGGAGUGAAUGAAAUUAAUGCCACAAAUUAUGGUAAUGCUCACCAAGAGAAGGACAACCUCAUUGACUACAAAGAAGAUCCUCUGAAAAUCCUUGAACGCGAGAAGAUUAAUAAUUCUCUUAAAUCUCGACUACCAACCAUAAAAGGUGUCAUUAAGGAUUCAAAAGAAUAGGAGCUGAGCAUCAAGAUAGAGGAUCUGAAGAAAGUUGAAGAGCAGCUAUGCUAAUCGAAUUCUAUCAGAAACUUCUUCUUCUAAAACACUACAGUGGCAGUUUUUCAAUGAUCUGCACAAGUUCUACCCAUGAAAGAUGUUAUUGCACCUGAUCUCAUAGAUUUGCUGUGUGUUUAUUGUUUGGCAAAUGGUCAAACCAGUUAUAUGAACCUCGCAUCAUUUUCAAAGAUACGAAAGGGUCAAGACUUUUACUCAAAGAACUUAAUGUUCUCUUACAUUUCCAAAUACUUAUAGCAUGCAUUGACAAGAGAACUUAAUGUUCUCUUACAUUA